GUCUCAUUUGGGCUCCGCCCAUGAAUGUCAUCAGCUGUUUAGCCUGGACCAAACCGGAAGCGAGUGUUCGGGAAAAGCUUGCGCUGAGUCGAAAAAUCUCCCUAAAGUAAAUUGCUGGUUUAGUCCCCGCGCAUGCGGUGCUCUGUGCUGCUUCCGGGUUUCAAGGGGGAGUCUGCGGUCAUGUCGUUUCUGCGGGUCCUCUGCUCCCGCCGCGCAGCUGGGGCCGUCGGGACUCGCUAGCUUAGCCUGCGCUACUACUUCUAUACCCCCCGCAUCUUAACGUGUCUGGGUUGGACCCCUUCUGCUCUGGUGUUGUGAUGGCCGUGCUAACCUCUGGGACGUGUCAGGACCCCCCUCAGGGUUCAGGGGGGCAGGGUGAGCUGGCUCACUCGUCUAAAGACACCCCUGGAUCCGCAGACACCUUUGAGUUGGGCAGCCCUCGCUGUUCGCCAAACCUGGACCUGCUAAACAUGGUUGUGUCUUACAAGAGGAUGGCUGUGUUACUGGAGCCCUUGGUGGAUGUGGUGGAUGUGAUUGGCUUCCUGCUCAGAUGGAAGAUGCCGCUUUGCUCUCUGUCCGUUUGGAUUUUUCUUAAUGUUUUCUUUUGCACUGUGUCUGAAGCGGGUUGGUUCACCUUGAGUAUGAUGGGGGUAUUGCUUCCGGCUGCUCUGGGUUACCUGCAGGACAGGUGUGGCAACAAACGGCCAGAGGAUGAGCUCCAAAGGAGGCGCAUUUAUGCUGUGCAGAGCAGAGACUUGCAGACGGUGCAGAUGACCAAGCAGGAGGCCAUGAUGGAGGUCAAAGAGCUGUUGAAGCACCUGGACGACUCGUUGUCAUCAGCAUGUCAGUCUGCAGAAUCGGUUUACAAGCUUCUGUACUGGGACGAUUACUCCACCUCAUCAAGGUUCUACGGUGCAUUGUUGAUGCUGGUAUGUCUGCUGUACGUGGCCCCCGUGGGCUGGGUGUUGGCUGCGCUCACCAGUGCCUCCUUCCUGUGGAACAGAGACUUUUGCAGAGUUUUAUUGGACCUCCGUAGGCUUUUCCUGCGGGGUCAGAACUCAUCCUCAGAAGGUGUGUGCGAAGAUCGGGAGUUGGGUAGUCUGAUGGAAAGAACCCCCACACCAACCAGUCUGGAGGACCUAACUCCAGGCAGUGUGGAGGAAGCAGAGGAGGCAGAGCCAGAUGAGGAAUUUAAGGACCCUAUUGAGGAAAACUCAGUUUUGCUUCAGGAAGACGAUGAGGCCCCUCUGGGGGCUCCAGAGUACGACGCAGCACCUGAAAAUGGUCUGCUGAGUCGAAAUGAGCCGAUUCGUGCAAAGGUGUCCAAGCUGACUGAGAAACUGCGCAAACGUUACCCCACAGCCAGCACAGGGAACUGUUCCAACUGCAGCACAGUCUUCUCGGUCCUGAAGAAGAGGAGGAACUGCAGUAACUGUGGCAACAGCUUCUGUUCCCGAUGCUGCUCCUUCAAGGUGUUAAGAUCCUGCAUGGGGGCCACAGCUCCGGAGGCUCAAAGAGAGACUGUGUUUGUGUGCGCUAGCUGUAACUCCUCCCUCAUCAAGUCCCAGUGAGCUCCGAGUCUUUUCCUCUCGAGAAACCCGCCGUCUGUGACGUUCUUACCGUUAACGUUCUUCCUUGAACACUUUUGGACCUGGAGAGUCUCAUGAGAGACUGUGGUUGAGAGACACAUUCCCCUUUCUGAGCAGAGAGAAGUGAAGUUCCUGCGGUGAAGGUUGGCGUGAGGAUGAGCCACGACCUGAAGGAACAGACCCCUCCCCCCUGUCUGGAACAGUGCAAGUCUCUACUGAGAGCUUUUUGGAAACCGUUUAAGAUUUGUCUUGUGUUUCCCCUGCUGUCUGUGAAUUUUAGGGUUUUUAGCUUUCAGGGGGGGUCAAACGCACAGCCAUGGCGUUGCUGCUCAGCCUCAGAUCUUUGUUUCACUGGAAGCUGAUUCCUCGGUGGUUCAAGAUGCAUGAAGGUGGAAUCUGAGGCAUUCUUGCUAACGGGAUGAUAGCUGGCUUCACUGGAUCAAAACUGUCGGGAGCCUCCAGAACAUUUAUCCAGACUCUGAGGCAUUAGAUCCUGUCAGUCAAGAUGUUUUAUUAACAAAUCAAACAACAUGAUGAUAAUAAUUGUUUGCUUUUAUUGUGAUCUUAUUGUUCAUGAUUGUAAACUGUAUUUAAACCUGCAAAAAUUCAAUGUUUUUGUUUGAUGUUGUUCUUUCAUCUGUAUUUAUUGACUUUAUUCAAUGGAUGUGCAAAUAAAUUCUACAGGUUUAU